CUAAGAACCGAGGCCCUAAGCAGGCUUGGGGGCCGCCCCCUCCCUCUGGCCCCCGGGGGAGCCGCGGCAGAGCUGUGCAGCGGGGCUGGCGAGGGGAGGGAGAGGGCAGGACGGAGCCAUGAACUAGAGCCAGGACGCGAGAUUGGUUUGGGGGCGGAAUCUCAGCUGCCCUGCUGUGCGGCCUUGGGAUGGUCUCUCUGCCCACCAUCUAUGAAGUGAAGGAGAAUCCUGAAAUGGCUACAGAAGUCAAGAAGGACAUAGAGGACCCUUCUCCGCCAGAGGCCAAGACCAGCACGUCGAAAAAGGACUUGGUUAAAAAGUCUAGGAGCCAGAGCUCAUGCAGAUCGAAGGAAAGCACACUGACUCCCAAGAAGGCUGAGAUCAGCCUCCAGCAAGUCCCCAAGAUUAGCCGGUGCUGGUCCCAGGGUCCCUCCCGCUUUGGCCACCUCAGCCACAACUCCUUCUUCUCCAGACACAAUCCUCAUUCCAGUCGAGUGUCUCACAUCCAGGAUAUUUCUGGGAAUCCCAUUUGUGCUGUAAGAGACAUCAGGACUCACACCCCACUGCCUCCACCCGGACCCAUCCCCAGUUUGUCCUUCGGCAUGGUAGGAGUACCCCAAGUACAGAUACCCAUCGGAGAUCCGCAGUCCCUUGUGGAACCCCGCUUAAACCUGUGCUCAUUGUCAAAUGCCUGGAGAGAGGAGCUAAAGGAUCUGGCCUCCAAGGUGGCUACCUUCACCAAGGAAGCAGAGAUAAAGAAGAAGAAGGAGGAAGAGACAGAGAGGUUGGCCCAGUACUCUCCAGAGACGGGGAGGCUAAUCCCAGGCUACCUCCGGAGCAUGACGAGCCGGGGCCCCCGGACCGCCCACAGGGGCUACUAUUCGAGCAAAGAGGAUGUGAUACCUGUUCUGCAGGAUCAAGAACUGCUGAUCCUGGAACUGCUGUGUCAGAUCCUACAGACAGACUCUCUGACCGCCAUCCAGUGCUGGCUUGUCUCAGCUAGCCCCCGGGAAAAGGACCUAGUCCUGGGCCUCCUGCAGACCGCUGUGGCCAAUCUGAUCCCUGAGCCCCUGAUAUCCUUGCCCGAGGAGAGGAUCAUCACAACUUGGUCCAACAAACCCAACAGCCCAGCCUCCAUCAGCCAAUGCCUGAUACCACUUAAGAAUAUGAAGCAAAGUCAAAACAGACCGAAAACAAAGGGAGAAUCCCAUGAAAAGCCAGAGUGCAUCGGCAAUGCUGAGGUUCUACAGCUGGGCAACAUUCCGGAGGAGAGAAAGAAGAAAAUGUAAUAAUGAGUCCUUGAAGGUUUUGCCUCUGUCUGCACAGGACGCCUGAUGCUGGGAGCUCGGGGGUCUCCUGACUGACGGUCAUCUGCGUGACUGCUUGGUACAGUCUGUCAAAUAAAAUACGUUGUCUUUGGAUUACGAAGAUAA